AUGGCCUCCGCAUCUGCACAGCCCGAGUCCAGCGGGCUGCCCACCACAGGCGAACAUGAGCUCGCCGACAUGGCAGACAAGAAGCCCAGUCUCCCGCUGGAAGAGGACAUCAUGCAGCUGGCACGACUGGGCGAGAUUGGCGCCAUACAGAAGUUGUUCGACAGCGGGAAAUACGAUGCGACAUACAAGGACGAGCAGGGCAUAACGCCGCUACAUUGGGCAGCAAUCAACAACCACCAUGCGCUAUGCCAUUUCCUCGUCUCGCACGGCGCAAACAUCAACGCAAAGGGCGGCGACGCCAUAGCCACCCCAGUCCUCUGGGCCGCCAAACGAUGCAACUACUACAUUGUGAACCUGCUCCUCGAGCACGGCGCCGACCCGCUCCUCACCGACGACCAGGGCUUCAACCUCCUGCACUCGGCCACCCUCGACGGAAACGUGUACCAGAUCGUCCUGCUCUUGCACCAAGACAUACCCGUCGACAUCCCAGACCUGCAGUCGCAUACCCCGCUGAUGUGGGCAGCCUACAAGGGCUACGCCUCUUGUGUGGAUUUGUUUCUGCGGUGGGGCGCAAACGUGUAUGCGACUGACGACCAGGGUUUCACUGCCUUGCACUGGGCAUUGGUUAAAGGGUCGCAGGGCUCGAUACAGAAGCUGCUCGAGUAUGGCGCAGACCGGUUUGCGAAGAACAACGAUGGCAAGACGCCUGCGGUCACUGCACAGGAGAUGAAUACGGCGCGGCAGUGGCAUCGUGCCCUCUCCGAGGCUGGGUACAACAGGGAUGCCACGCCCAGGGAGUUCCCGAUCCCCGGGGUCAAGGACACAAGAUGGUUUUUGACGCGCUUCAUCUUCUUCUGGCCGUUUGCCAUCUUGUUCACGUCGCUGUUUUUGGUCGCGUACUAUCCCAUUUUUGUUGGGCUUCCGGCGUCCUUUAUCGUUUCGUAUCUCAUGCAGUUGGCGGCCAUGAAGCUCUUACAGUGGGGUCCUUCGAAUAUGAGGUCUAUACAUCAUACCCCCUUCUUGGCUGGCAUAUUUGUUGCUUCUCUAUUCUGGUUGGGCGUGCGUUGGAUAACGACAGUUUUGCCUUGGACUUUACAAACGAACUUCUUCCUUAAUGUAUUUUACGGAACCUCUUACGCACUCACGGCCUAUUUCUACUUCUUUACCAUGUCCUCCGACCCCGGUUACGUGCCAAAGUCAUCGAGCAGGAGUGCCUCCAAGGCAGUUAUUGACGAACUCAUGGAACUACGGCAAUUUGAUGAACACCACUUCUGCGUGAAUUGCAUGGUACGGAAGCCCUUGCGGAGUAAGCAUUGCAAGAGGUGUGACCGUUGUGUUGCGAAGAGUGAUCACCACUGCCCAUGGGUGAACAACUGCGUCGCGAACAACAACCACCGACACUUUGUCCUCUACGUUAUCUCGAUGGAGAUCGCCAUCCUCUCCUGGGUGCAUCUGACACUUGCUUAUCUCAACACACUUGACGCGCCCAAAUCCGUCGUGUGCACCCUCCUCUCUCCUGACCUCUGUCAAGUCCUCCACAAAGACCCCUUCACGAUUGUUCUCACCAUAUGGGCCAUCUUCCAAUUAACAUGGGUGACAAUGCUCCUCUGUGUCCAGCUCCUCCAAGUCGCUCGCAAUCUCACUACCUACGAGAGUAUGCGCGGCCACCUGCACUCGCACACGCCCGCCGAUGCUCUCAACUCUUUCGUCACCACCGGCUCCACAUCACAAGAUCUAGCGGGCUUUGGCUCUGGACAGGACACUGGUGAUUUGCCGCGCCGCCCACAGCCCAAAUCAAGCAUUUGGGAUCAGUGGAAACGACUCCUCGGUCUCGAUACAUUCGUUGCUAUCGCGCUGCAUGGGAGUCGGGCAGAGGAGAUGCAGAGGAGACAGGCGAGGGGUAACCCAUAUAGUCAAGGCGUAAUGGCAAACUGCAAGGACUUCUGGUGUGAUGGAAGUCCGACAGACUCUCUCCACGAACCAGGGAGAACCCAUGGACCCAUGGCAGAAUACGAUGCGCGCGUUGAGUCUGGACGAUUACGGGACGAUGAACACCAGAGAGGCAUGGCAGACGACGACAUGGCUAUGGAGAAUCUCGAGGACCUGCACAACAUGCUCUCCACCUACACACAACCGCCCGUCCAACAGCCCACUAUCGAGUCCCUCCAGCCACAGAAGAAGUCGUUCUUCGCCUCCCUCUUCUCUUCCUCCGAAAACACCACCACAACAUCGAUUCCCCCAAUCCCCGACUCUCUGAUCAAGGGCAUGUACAUGUAUGGCGACGUCGGGUCUGGGAAGACGAUGAUGAUGGAUCUCUUCUACGACACGCUGCCGCCCAACAUCACACGAAAGACACGCAUCCACUUCCACGCCUUCAUGCAAUCCGUGCAUAAAGACCUCCACAAGAUGAAAAUGGCACACGGCAACGACAUAGACGGCAUCCCCUUUGUAGCCGCUAGGCUUGCCGAGCGUUCCGCGGUCCUCUGCUUCGACGAAUUCCAGUGCACAGAUGUCGCAGACGCCAUGAUCCUGCGACGCCUCAUCGAAGGCCUCAUGGCUCACGGCACCGUCAUAAUAACAACCUCGAACCGUCACCCAGACGACCUCUAUAAGAAUGGCAUACAGAGAGAAUCCUUCAUCCCCUGCAUCAACAUCCUAAAGCAACGCUUAACCGUGCUGGACCUCGACUCCAAAACCGACUACCGCAAGAUCCCUCGCCCACCCUCGGGCGUCUACCAUCACCCCCUCGACGCAUCCGCAGCCACGCAUGCAGAGCGCUGGUUCCGCUUCCUUGGCGACUUUGAACACGAUCCUCCGCAUCCUGCAACACAUGAGGUCUGGGGCCGUCAGAUCGAGGUCCCCAAGGCUAGCGGCAAGUGUGCGUGGUUCGAAUUUGAUGAGAUUAUCGGUCGAGCGACAGGCGCGGCGGAUUAUCUCGAGUUGAUGAAGAAUUACGAGGCGUUUGUUGUGACGAGCGUGCCUGGGAUGAACUACAGGAGUAGGGAUCUGGCGAGACGGUUCAUCACGUUUAUUGAUGCGCUUUACGAGAGUCGCGCCAAACUAGUAAUGACCACCGCCGUCCCCCUAACCUCGCUCUUCCUCUCCCCCGAAGAAAUGGCCGACGCAGUAUCCUCCUCGGCCCAAGAAAAAGGCGGCCUCUCCGCCGCCACAAAGCACACCGCCGCACCUACGCACGCCGCCGACGACGGCGGCGCAGACGUCUCGGACGUCAUGCGCCAUCUCAUGGACGACCUGGGCAUGAACAUGAAUAUGCUCAAGAACAGCAGCAUCUUCUCGGGCGACGAGGAGCGGUUUGCAUUUGCGCGCGCGCUGUCGAGGUUGAGCGAGAUGGGGAGUAGGGAGUGGGUGGAGAGGGGGCUGGGGAUGGAGAGUAAGGGUGGGUUGGGCGAGAUGGAGGGGUGGCAGCGUGUUAGGAGUCGGUGGAGGGAGGAUAGUAUGUGA